AUGCCUGUUCCUGCUAUUGAGAGCCUCUCCGACUUCCGAGCCCUCAUUGACUCAGGCAAUGUGGUAAUCAUCGACUUCUGGGCUACAUGGUGUGGUCCUUGCAGAAUGAUCAGUCCAAUCUUCGAAAAUUUGGCCUCUAGUAUUGAGUCGAGCGCGAUCAAGUUCGCUAAAAUCGAUGCUGAUACCCAGCCUGACAUCGCCGAAGAAGUUGGAAUCAGAACCUUGCCUACUUUCAUGGUGUUUAAAAAUGGCCAGAAACUGGACGAACUGGUGGGUGCUAGUCCCCAAGGCCUGCACGCGCUUAUUCAGCGCCAUGCAUGA